AUGUGUCUCCGGCCAAUCCCACUCCAUUCCUCCCUCUCCCUCUUCGGCAUCGUGCUGCUGGAGAUUGCCACAGGUCUCCGGCCAAUCAGUGACAACCAGCACAUCCGCCAGCUGGUCAUCAAGCGCGUCAUGGCGGACGGCAGAGGCGCGACAGCUGUCAUCGACCCUGCUCUGCUGACUGCGGUAGGGGGAGCGAUGGAGGGAGAAGAAGGAGGGAAUGUGGAGGUGUUAGUGGAUGGCGCAGGGCAAUCCCAAGGGGGAAGCUUAUGUGGUAUUCCCGAGGAGGUGGAGGCGACGUUUGAGUGGUUUCUCAAGCUGGGGAUGCGGUGCAGCGCCAGGCUGUCGCAGGACCGCCCCGCCAUGCAACACGUGGCAGCUGAGUUGGACGCCAUGCGGGCGAGGGUUAUCCAGAUUGUGAGGCAACGGGGAGGAGCCAAUGAUGCUGGCAAUGAUCCUGGCAGGGAUGGUGGUAGUGGUGCUGGCACUGGUGUUGGUGACGCUGCUUCUGCUGGUGCUGGUGCUGGUGCUAGUGGUGCUGGUACUGGUGUCUCCUCUGCUACUUUCAACACCAGCGCUAGCAGUAAGGCUAACACUGGUUCUAGCACUGGCGUUAGUACCACUGGUGCUACUAGCUCUGCUUUCACGGGUACUGGUGCGAUUAGUGAGGAGAGAUUCUGGGAGGACAUGGCAAACGAAGGGGCUCUGGUGCCGGGGUUCAAUGACGAUGAGGAAGAGAUGGAGUACGUUCAAGAGGUUUACGACAAUAUGACGCGAGAGAAGGGUGAGGGACAGGGAAGGCAGGGAACAGGAGGGGUGUCUGGGAGUGUGGGCGGUGGAGGGUACACGAGCAGCAGCAGUGAGGGUGUGUGGAGGGCAGGGGGAUCAACCACGGGUUGGACGAGUGACUGUGCCCCGAGUAGGGAGAUGUGA